AUGGAUUUUCCGGGACCUCCGCCACCUGGAAUUGAUCUCAGUCAGGACAGGUCGGCCAAUCUUAUUGGAGCAUGGAGUUCGACUUGGGGCAUGGCAGUGAUAGCGGUGAUCCUGCGCGUCAGUUGUCGAAAAUUAGUCAAAGUCAGGCUAUGGCUGGAUGAUUGGCUCAUCAUCAUCUCUCUACUCUUUUCCGGCGGUUUCAUGUUUACUGUCAGCAUAUAUAUGGUGAACAAUGGCUUCUGCAAGCAUAUAUGGGCUGGCCCUCCAGAAGCUGGCAGGGACUGGGCGUUGGGGCUAUUCACCACCGAAUUCACUUAUACAGUCGCGCUCUGUUUGGUCAAACUGUCAAUUAUUACUUUUUACUGGCGAAUCUUCAUCAUCCGGCUUGUGGAUAAAAUAAUCCUUGGGAUUUUGGCCGGUAUGGUUAUCUGCUGGGGAAUGAUAACAUCAGUCCUUCAAUGCAUACCAAUAUCCGCUCUCUGGAAUCAGUUCGAUCCGAUAAACCCGCCGGACCCGUCCACGUUUGAAUGCAGUGUCAAGGUCCAUCCCUUCUUCAUCGGAAAGGCUGUUCCACAUAUCGCGACAGAUAUACUUAUUUUGAUCUUCCCACUGCCUUAUAUUUGGAAUCUUCGAUUACGCUUGUCGCAAAAGAUUGCGACCUCGUUCAUCUUUGGCUUGGGGAUUUUUGUCACGGCCGUCUCGAUUACCAGACUUGUUUUUGUCCUUGAAUUAGACCUCAAUUCCCCCGAUGUUACGUGGAAUGAGUGCACAGAGAUGAUAUGGACUGGGGUUGAAACGUAUGUUGGCACCGUCUGUGCUUGCUUACCAUCUCUGAAGCCGAUAUUCAACCUCGUCCUCUACGGCAGCGUUUAUCCAAAGUCGUAUUAUAGACCCAAUGUAUCCGAUGCAGAAACGAUCCAUGAGAUAGCAGAAGCAGCCAAGCGGCGAUAUUACCACCAGCAUCGCGAUGCAAGCAUUCCAAGCGCAUACUUGUUUGCUUCGAUGAGAGGCGCCAUGGAUUUACAUACGUUUGAACAGCUUUCCGGGACCGAGGCUGGCAGUGUGCGCAGUGUGCGCAGUGUGCACGAAUUCACAGCUGGUGAUAUCGAGAUGGAGAGCCAUGGGGAGGGCUUCAAAGGAUCUCGCUCAGAUGAGGCGAAACGUCAAGACGGCACAUGA